AUGUCCGCUUACGAAGUCAAUGGCAAAGUCGCGCUCAUCACCGGCGCCGGCUCGGGCAUCGGCCACGGCCUCGCCCAGCUCCUGCUCGAGGCAGGAUGCUCCGUGAUCAUGGCCGACCUCAAGCUGCGCCCGGAAGCGGAGGAAACACUAUCCGAGCACCAAGGCUCUCCGACGUCCGCGAAGCCGACCGCGAUCUUCCACCGCACCGACGUCGCCGACUGGGCGCAGCUGCAGUCCCUCUGGGACGAGAGCUUACAGCACUUCGAGCGGAUCGACAUCGUCGCGUGCGUGGCCGGCAUCUACGAGCCCCCCGAGAGCAACUUCUGGUUUCCCCCGGGCAUCGCGCCCGAGUCCAAGGACCCCGCGGACGCGGCCGUCGGGCAGUACAAGAUCAUCGCGAUUAACCAGGUUCACCCCAUCCGGCUUGCGCAGAUUGCCACGGACUACUGGACCCAGAACAAGGAGAUCCAGGGGAACUACAUUGCUGUGGCGAGUAUCGGGGGCUAUGUCCAUUCUUUCGAGACGCCGCUUUACAUGUCGAGCAAGGCUGGGCUCGUGAGCUUCGUCAAGUCGAUGGGUGGACUCAAGAGGUUUUGCGGUAUUAGGUAUUCCGCCGUGUGCCCCGGCGCUGUUCUGACACCCAUCUAUGAUGCAGAGUGGAACAGAAAGGUCACGGAGGAUGAUGUCCAUCUGACCUCCCACGAGUGUGCCGCGGUGGUCAUGCGCGUGAUGCAAGGAGCCCAGUACGGCGACGGCAGCAUCGUUGAGACGCAGAAGGUCGGCACCAAGGACGAUUACGAGAUCACCGCCAGAGACAUCCCGUUGGAGGCCCUGUAUCCUAAGAUUGAGGGUGCGCCCAACCAGCGACUUGUCGAUGACGCGAUGAAGACGGCUGCCAGAAUCAUGGACAAGGGGCUACGAGCCCCGUUUGAGGGAUAUAAUCAGUCAGUGAAACAGAGUCUGUAG